AUGGCAGCACAGAGAGACAGCAACACAGUGACACACAAACACAGCAACACAGUAACACACAAACGCAGCAACACAGUGACACACAAACGCAGCAACACAGAGACACAGCAACACAGUGACACGGCAGCACAGAGUCACAUCAACACAGUGACACACAAACACAGCAACAUAGAGACACAGCAACACAGUGACAUGGCAGCACAGAGAGACAGCAACACACAACACGGAGACACGGCAACACAGAGACUCGGCAACACAGUGACACAGAAACACGGCAACACAGAGACAAACAAACACAGCAACACAAUAUACACAAAUAACAUGAAGGCACGGCAACAGAGACUCGGCAACACAGUGACACACAAACACAGCAACACAGAGACACAGCGACACAGCAACACAUUGACACAGCGACACAGCAACACAGUGACAGAGCGACACAGCAACAUAGUGACACACAACACAAAGACACAGCAACACGGAGACACGGCAACACAGUGA